AUCAUUAUUUACAAUGAUGUUCUCGUUUUUAUUUUACCUCAUUUUGAUUAUGUUCACAAAAAUGACAAUCAGAAGGGAUUGAAGUGUUGUUUUUGUCAUCCACUUUGACCUGCCUGUCAGAAUCUUUUUUCACUCUCAAAAUUAACGAAAAUUGUCUUGCGCAAUGCCGUUUUUACAAAUUUUAGAAGAAGAGAUGAAAUGGCUGAAGUCCAGACCAUUAAUGCUUAACAAAAAGAAGUACAUUGUAUUGUAAUGUAUAUUUCAUGUAUAACAUGUAAAUAUCAUCCGAAUUCAUUCCUCAUCCGAAUAACGGUGCACAUUAUUUUUGUUGUUCACAUAUUGUCUAUGCAGUGCACUGCAUUUAGCAAGAUAAUGUUCUCCAAGAUUUAAUAUAUUUAUAUAUUUGUAUUUACCUUGUGUUUAGUCCAUUAUAUGUUGUUUGUUGUGAGAAUAAUCCAACAUGUUCGAAAUUCCUGCACUGUCAAAAUCGUUGCAGCAAUGUAUAUUGAUGACGUCAUACGUAGGAAUAUGGUGGAGUGUUAUUGCAUGCAUUUGACUUUAAAAUAGGCUGUACAAUUAUAAUAUUCACUCCUCUAUUUGUAUAAAAAGAUGAUAUUUAUUAUAACUUGCAAACUCUUCAUUUAUAUUAACUGUUAAAACAUAAUAGUUUGCAGGGAACUAUUUGAGACGCUGAAUGCGUAAGAAUUUUUUAAGAUUUCAUGCUGCAGCAUUUAAUAUUGUAUUGUUAUACAUGCAUAUUUAAAGGUGUCUAUUGUUUCAAGUCAUCAAACUUAUUGCCUUCUUUGAUUAAGAUGUGAUAUUUAUGAUGAUUGUCGAUUAAUUAUUAUUAGAAGUAUGUUCUUGUUUACAUGUAACCGCAUUACUUCCAUACAUGGUGCAGGAUGCUGCAGGAUUGUGAUUGGCUGCAGCUGAAUCUUUGGCUGCAGCCAAAUCUGCAGCAUUCGAAGGGUAUAAAAGGAGGUUCUCCGCACAGUUUUGGCAACAGUUGCUAACAACACACAUCACUGUUCGAUCAUUUGAAAACCCUUCCAAAAAAUUCUGCCAUGGAUUGCGAGGUGUGUGGCACUGCUUUCCACAGCAAACGGGAUCUGCGAAACCAUCUGGCAAAAACCGACCAUCGCCGCAUGAGGUAUGUCUGCGUGUGGUGCGUCGGCAAGCAUCCAAGAGAAUUCAAGUCCGACUAGGACCUGAGGCGCCAUAUCAGGGCUCAUCACCCACAUGAGCACGACCAUACGCUAAAGGAAUUUCCGCGACUGCUAUCUUCAGAAAACUCCUUCUACUUCUCCACAAAUCCCACAGUUCAUCUUCUGACCAAUCCCACUCCAAAUCCUUCGCAUCCAGAGGCCAUUGAAGCCAGACGACUGGUUACUAAAUGGGCUGCAGGACGCAUUCCUGGGAUCACCCGAUGGAUCGAAGGCUGGAAUUCAUUGACUUCAUCUUCGUCAACAUCAUCCGUGUCAACUCCACCAAUCAACAACCCAGAGCUUAUCCUGAAAUCUGUGACUAUGGAUAGCACUGGAUGCACCAUCAUUUGCUGUUCCAAUGCUACUUACAUCAAAGCCAAAGUCCCACUCUCCGCAUUGACUGAUGCUCGUCUGGUAAGCCGUUUGGUACGACGUAUGAAUGCACUGCCUAAGGAAGUAUUUAUUCCAUCAGGUCAUUGGGAAUUAGGAAAUCCAUCCCAUCAUACUUCUAUUACAUCAUUACUUGGACUUCAACCCAUCCAGAUUGAAUCUGUGGUAGUCCUCCAUCUUCCCACCUUCACGUCAAGAAAAUCUCCUGAUCUUGCCGCCACAGCAUCUUCACCCUCAAGUCCAUCACUCCCUACACAAGCCUUUGUUCCAGUCGCUUUGCCUUCCGUCACUCCUGCUGCCGUUUCCACAUUGUCUUUCAUACCCGAUGCAGCAACUUCACCUACAACUGAUGUCCUCUUUCCCAAAUCAACAUCUGAUAUGCAUACUGUUCAAACACCUGAGUCUACGCCAGUUCCAAAACAUCUGAUCAUUGAUGAACGUCCAACUCAACUUGAUUUUGACUACAAUGACCUACGCAGUCCCACACCAGUCUCAAUAUCCUCCCCGCAACGCACCGAAGACCUAGAGACCAGUGAUCAUCAGCCAACAUCAGCAGUAUUACCGUCAUACUCCAGCUCCCCAUUCUACAACCCCGUUUCGCCUACACCAGUUUCUCAUGGGAACACAUCAUCAACGCCAAACUAUGAGCCUGCAGAAGUACCAACACAAACACAGUCCUCCAAGAACAAAUCAGCUUUCAGAAUUCCUCCUGUCUACAUCCCCACACCACGCCAUUCCUCGGUCAAAGAAGUCCUCAAGACGAAGGCCCAUUCGCUUCUUCUUGAAGGCCGACUUCCACUUCUUCCACCAGCUCGACGAGAAUGGAAUGAUGUUCCUGUCAACAGUAUCCAGAUAACUCCAACUAUCUCCUGGCCACCUGCUGAAUGGACUUGCUGGGCUCCGGAUCAGAAGACGCUUUAUUACGAGUUUGUCGCUAUGACACUCCAUGCGCACACUACGCCGCUUCCAAGAUCUCUCCUGAGGGCUAGAUACAAUUUUCUUGCACUCCCUGGAAGCCUUGAUCUUCAAAACGACGCCCUUGCAGCAACAAUGAAACAGAACUUCAAUCUUGUUCGACUGAUUGCCCUCAAUGAAGAUCCAACUACACCAGAUGUCCAGAUGUCAGUCCUGUCCGCCUUUGAUGCCCUUCCCCGUGACUCCUCUCUUGAUGAUCUCCUUGCCCGCCUGAAGGAUGUGCCACUUCGUCUGAAGAAACAGAAGAAGAAUUAAGUAUAUUUUUUUUACAUGUACAGUGGUAAACCUUUUUCAAUGUUAAGUAUUGUCAUAAGAUAACAUAUUUCAUUAACAUUAUUGUUAUUGUUGUGUUUUAAAAUUGUUAUUGUAGUAAACAUUCAAAAUUCAGGAGAAUUUUAUUCUUUUAAGGAGGGGGAAAUGUAAUGUAUAUUUCAUGUAUAACAUGUAAAUAUCAUCCGAAUUCAUUCCUCAUCCGAAUAACGGUGCACAUUAUUUUUGUUGUUCACAUAUUGUCUAUGCAGUGCACUGCAUUUAGCAAGAUAAUGUUCUCCAAGAUUUAAUAUAUUUAUAUAUUUGUAUUUACCUUGUGUUUAGUCCAUUAUAUGUUGUUUGUUGUGAGAAUAAUCCAACAUGUUCGAAAUUCCUGCACUGUCAAAAUCGUUGCAGCAAUGUAUAUUGAUGACGUCAUACGUAGGAAUAUGGUGGAGUGUUAUUGCAUGCAUUUGACUUUAAAAUAGGCUGUACAAUUAUAAUAUUCACUCCUCUAUUUGUAUAAAAAGAUGAUAUUUAUUAUAACUUGCAAACUCUUCAUUUAUAUUAACUGUUAAAACAUAAUAGUUUGCAGGGAACUAUUUGAGACGCUGAAUGCGUAAGAAUUUCUUAAGAUUUCAUGCUGCAGCAUUUAAUAUUGUAUUGUUAUACAUGCAUAUUUAAAGGUGUCUAUUGUUUCAAGUCAUCAAACUUAUUGCCUUCUUUGAUUAAGAUGUGAUAUUUAUGAUGAUUGUCGAUUUAUUAUUAUUAGAAGUAUGUUCUUGUUUACAUGUAACCGCAUUACUUCCAUACAUGGUGCAGGAUGCUGCAGGAUUGUGAUUGGCUGCAGCUGAAUCUUUGGCUGCAGCCAAAUCUGCAGCAUUCGAAGGGUAUAAAAGGAGGUUCUCCGCACAGUUUUGGAAACAGUUGCUAACAACACACAUCACUGUUCGAUCAUUUGAAAACCCUUCCAAAAAGUAAGAAACAAACAGUAAUACUUCAUAAAACAUUUUCAUUUUACGAAUUAGAAGUAAUAAUCAGAAUUUGUUUGUACAUUAACUACUAACUACCGGUAUUUAAGUAAAACGAACGUUUAUAGUAUUUCAUAAAAUAUCAGUACUAUUUAUGAUAUUGACAACCUUAAAGCAGAGCAACUGUUCACCAAACGUCCAUCCUUUUUAAGUCAACUCUAACAGUCUAGAGAUAUUAUUGUAUUAUAUAAUAUUUAAUGCUUGUCUGAAUAAAGAUGCAUUAUGUAAAACGUUAAA